AGCUCAUGGAUCUGAUCCGGACGGAGGGCCAGAGGAUGACGGCAGCCCAACCGUCCGAGACAACCGUGGGCAACAUGGUGCGGCGAGUGCUGAAGGUCAUUCGGGAAGAGUAUGGCAGGCUUCACGGGCGCAGUGAGGAAAGCGACCAGCAAGAAUCCCUGCACAAACUCCUGACUUCCGGAGGACUGAGUGAGGAUUUCAGCACCCCUUAUCCUCCUCUCAGAGCUAAUGUUAUUGAAGCUAUUAACGAGCUGCUAAUAGAGUUAGAGGGCACCACUGACAACAUUGCUAUGCAGGCGCUCGAGCAUAUCCACUCCAACGAGGUGAUCAUGACCAUCGGCUACUCGCGCACCGUUGAGGCCUUCCUGAAGGAAGCUGCCCGCAAGCGGAAGUUCCAGGUCAUCGUGGCGGAGUGCGCGCCGUUCUGCCAGGGUCACGAAAUGGCAGUCCGACUCUCUAAAGAGAACAUCGAAACUACUGUCAUGAGCGAUGCAGCUAUUUUUGCUGUCAUGUCUCGAGUCAACAAGGUCAUCGUUGGUACAAAGACGAUCCUGGCCAAUGGCGCCCUGAUUGCUGUGAGUGGGACUCACACUCUGGCACUGGCAGCUAAACACCACUCCACUCCGCUCAUCGUGUGUGCCCCCAUGUUCAAGCUUUCACCGCAGUUCCCCAAUGAAGAAGAUUCAUUCCACAAGUUUGUGUCACCACAGGAAGUGCUGCCAUUCACAGAAGGGGAGAUCCUGGCAAAGAUCAAUGUUCACUGCCCAGUGUUUGACUACGUCCCGCCAGAGCUCAUUACUCUCUUCAUUUCUAACAUCGGGGGUAACGCACCUUCCUACAUCUAUCGCCUCAUGAGCGAGCUCUACCAUCCGGAUGACUAUGAACUCUAAUGCUGCGAAGCGCGUCCCUCUCCAGGCUUUUCCUGUCUUUCUAAGGAGAAAGAUGCAACAGCUAAUUAAAGCGUACGUUGCAAAGACAGAUUGCUGUGGGGAGUCUUCCUCAGCACAUUGACUUUCCUAACCAAAAGCAGCGGAAGGCAGAGCUCUUGUGCAGGUAUUGAUCCCUGUGCUGUGUUACAAGCCAUGGGGAGCUGCUAACCCACUUCUGAAACAGCAAGGCAUGUGUGAAACUCUGGGGUAGCUAAGCUGUUACUUCAGCAUGUGCUGCAAUAAAGGCUGUUACAGUGAUCUCGCUGUUAAGCAC